AUGGGAGCCGAAAAACGACUCAUUGAGGACUUGCAAUGGGCUGGCCUGCAUUGGGACGAGGGGCCCGGCGUGGGCAGAUCCAAUCAAUCGUACCGACAGUCUGAGCGAAAUGAUAUCUACCGCAAGCAUGCCCAGGGGCUUCUUGCCACUGGUGCCGCAUAUCGCUGCUUCUGCACUCCCCAAGCAUCGGGUCAGGGCAAGGCAGCGCACGUGACCUCCGGAUGUUACCAAGAUUGCUCGUCGCUAUCCCAAGAACACUCGUUGAGUAAAGUAAACGACAAGCAGCAGGCUUCCACGAUUCGACUCAAACGGGCGAUAGAUGUAAAGGAUCGCAUUUACCCAGAUCUGGUUCACGGCAAAAUCAAACCUCUCAAACGAAAAUUUACAGACGUGGCAUCAGAAGACGGCGAAGCUGGGAUCGAUGCAGCUGAUACUGUCCUGAUGAAGUCUGAUGGCACACCUACCUACCAUUUCGCAAAUGUAGUGGACGACCAUCUCAUGGAGAUUACGCAUGUCAUUCGUGGAGCCGAAUGGAUGGCAAGCACGCCACUUCAUUACGAUCUAUACUCGGCCUUUGGCUGGCAGCCACCUCACUUUGCUCAUGUUGGCUUGCUUCUCGAUCAGAACAAGGCCAAGCUGUCUAAGCGCAACGGAAACCUGGCACUUGAUGUACGUAGCAUGCGCGAGCAGCAUGGCGUACUUCCGGAGACUUUGGUGAACUUUCUUGCGCUGCUGGGCUGGAGUAAUCCAUGGCGAAACGAUGUCUACGAUCUCGAUGGCCUGGCCAAGAAUUUUGACCUGAAGUUCACAAAAGGCAACAGUAUCGUCAACCUUGACAAGCUGUGGUAUCUACAGAAGCAGCACGUUGCACAAAAGUCCCAACGAGCCAAGCAGACCGGAGAUCUCGAACCCAUCCAUCCACUCGUCGACGCGAUUGCGAACGAGGUGCGAGAGCGGUGGCCGGCUUUGUCAAACUCCGACCGUUUCGAAGAUGAUGAAGAGCUCUGGAAGUUCUGUUCCGAUGUGCUCUUAGCGGACAGUAAAUCCUACCAGAACGCAAAGCACUUCGUUGACGGGCACCGGUACUUGUUCGCCUACAAUGAAGAAGAAGUGCCUAUAAUGCCUGAUGUACUCGAGGUUAAAGGAGGCGGCGAGCUUCGCAAAGUCGAGAAGCGGGCCUUGCAACUCAUAGCGCAGGAAGUCCUGCAACACGACAUUAAAACUCUUGGAAGCCUAUCUUUCCAGCCUGUUGUAAUAAAGGUGCUUCUGGAGUCUUUGGAUGCUCGCGACCGAGAUUCGAUAGAUUAUGCCGACAUUCCGGAUUCGCCGGAAAUGAUCGAGGAUGGUCACUUUAUUGCCCUCUGCAAGUCAUUGGUUCCUGGCAUCGAGAAGCGCCUGACGGAGUCGGAGUUCCAGGGUCUGGCACUGGAUAAGAGAGCCUAUCAAGCCGCCUUCACAAAAUAUUUGCGCAAUCAACUGAGCUACGGACUUUCCGGACCCAGUAUUGGAUCUGUUAUGGCACUGCUUGGCUACGAGGAGUGUUCAAGGAGGCUGGGUGUUACGUCAUAG